CUACACAACUAUAAAACAACUUUAAAAAGAAUAUCACCAAGAGACUAGAAAAUAGAAAUCAAUUAAAUUUUUUUAUAUAAACAAAUUUUAUCGUUCACACUCUAGUCUCUAGCAUCAAUGUACACAAAUGAAAUACAUAGGGUACACUCCCUUAUAAUUGGGUUGUAUGGGUCAAAAACUUACAAUAAAAUUACUUCAAAUUUAUGAAGCCUAGAUCAUGGUAACGCUGUGAUGUAAUUAUGAGGUGACACUCCUAAGUCCUAACACACAUAAUCCUAAGUUUUGUUUACCCAACACCACCCCCUUCCUUUUAUUUGGGUCUUGGGAGUAAAAUUGUUCACCCUUUGUUACAAAAAAGAAAACAGCGGAGUCAAAUGCACACGUCAGUUCCCUCAAGCGUGUAGGCUGUAGGCAUACCUUAUUUCCCCAUUGAUCUAACUGAUGAAUUUUAACAUUACCAGUUCACCAUCACCCAGGAACUACGUCGUCUCUAAUCCAAAAGGCCAAUUAAAUAUCGCCUUUCAAUCCCAAUUUCUCAAUCUUCCAAACUCCAGCUCCGGUCAUACUCCGACCAAGCCGUAAACCGACCGGGAAACAUGGCAGGGAAAUCAAAUCCUCAAGCCUCCGCACCAAAUUCACAAAACCCAAAUCCCAGAAUCACCAAAGACAGAGACUUUUUACUCCAUCUCGAAGCCUACCUAGCCAAACGAGAUGGGAUCGACAAAUUAUUGAAGAUCUCGAGAUACGCUAGCAAGAUCGUCCUGGCUUCUUCCAUCCUUCCCGACUCCCAAUCAUUACCGCCCCGCCUCAAAUCCUUCGAAUCCAGCGUUGGUCUGAGCCGGAAAGCCUUUCGUUUGGGGAAAUUCGUGCAAGACAUCAACGCUCUUCGAGCUUCCGGGUUUUCAUCGGGUCAAGAUGUAAUCCUUUCAAUCAUUGCCUAUGGCGGAGAGGGAUUGUACUAUUUCGUUGAACAGUUUGUUUGGUUAGCAAAGGCGGGGUUGAUUGACAAGAAGAAUUUGAUUAGUUUGCAAAAGAUGAGUGCUUGGUGUGAAUUCAUCGGGUAUAUUGGGAGUAUUAGUUUGAAGGUGAAAGAAUUGAGGAGAAUUGAUGAAGAUGAGGCUUGUUUGGUUGAGACUAUAAAGAUUUCCGAAGUUAGGGAAAUUGGUUGCGGAGAUGAAUUGAAAAGGUUGAAGAAAUUGAAGGAGAAGAAAUUGUUGAAGAGGCUUUCUGUUGUACAAGAUUUAGCUGAUGGUUUAAUGGCUUUGGCUGAUAUCCGAGAUGGUAAAGGAAGACUUUCAGCUCCACUUUUGAUAUCUUCAGCUGGGCUCUUAUCCGCCAUUAUCAGUACUCACAAGAACUGGAUUUCUUGCUGAUCUCUUUUUUUGCAUCUGUGGGGAAAAUGUGGCAUCAAUAAUAAUGUAAGAAUCAUUCAUUGAAUAAUUGAUGUAAUCCAUGAAAACUUUUGUUGUGGUAGUAUUAACAAUUUCAGGAAAAAAAUAACACUUUUUUACUUUGGGAUUCUUUCGUACCUAACUGGUCGAAACAUGUCAUUUUUUGUCACAUUUCUUUGUCUUUGGCUAAUUGGAUUUGUGAUAAGACUCUGUGAUGGACUGAUUGUGCCAUCUCAUUGUUUCUUUAUGCCAUUGCCUUUGCGAAUGUUUGGAGUUUGGACUUUUGCCUCUUCAAUCAAUGGAAAUUUCACUUUGAUCUAGUCAUAACUUUUAUACUCCCACCACUUUGAAACAAUUAUCUUGUUUGUUAUGAUUAUUUGAGACGGAAUGAGUUAAUAUAAAGUGCAUAACACUUUUUUGUGGAAAUUCAAAACUGGACAAUAAUGUUAGAACAGAAGGAGUAUUAAAGCUUUAUGGAUAGUCC